AUGCCAACCUCACUCAACUCACCCCCACCCUUCUUUACGACUCUAGGAACCAGCGCCGAUGAGGCAAUCGAUCUGACUUUCAGUGACUCUGAGAAUGAAGAGCCGCCUGCGGACGCUAGGAAGCGGAAAGGAGAGGACCAGGCUACACAAGGAAGGAACAACCGGUACGUCCUCUCGUCCUCUCACCUCGGCGCAGGCGACCGUCAACCCCUAUUUCCCCUACGCCCUCACCGUCCCGCUCUCCCACUCUCUCACUCUCUUCCCCUCCGUCGCUCUCAUCCACUCCCUCCUCCCCCCCCGGAGUCCUCAAGCGCUUCGGAUCCCUUCCUCACCGAUGUCACCCCGCCCCCGGGGUGGGAAUCCGUCUUCGACAGCCCUCCCCCUUCGUCCUCAUCCCUCCUUUCGACCGGCGCUGGCGAGCCAUCUUCCUCCUCGUCCAGCUCCUCGUCGUCCGCCAUGGCGCCAGUCAGCUCCCUGAAGCUCUACCCCAGCGAGAAGGAAAUCAUCGCCUGGCUCGAGGCGUACACGUACACGGCCUCGGACGGUCACAUCCAAGUCCGGCAUUCUGGCGUGAAUGAGCGUCGCGCUCGGAGCUGCAACAUCCUCGACACCAAAGCCAUGUGCCAUCAGGUCUUCCUCUUCGAGGUCCGCAAGUUCCUCCGACUCACGCGCAUCGCUCCCCGGAUCUCCUGGCCUUACCCCAAGGUCAAGCUGCCCAUGUCGCAAUCGCAGGCCUCCGCCGUCCGAGCCAUCGUUGAAAGCGGCGAGCGUCUGACGGAGUACAAGGGCAGGAACGCGUGUGGUCGUUGCAGGAUGAGGGAGGCGCGGGGAGCGCUAGGUGAGAACCUGGACAAUUGUCAUCUUGAGGCGAGAUGUCUGGCGGAUCCGGAGGGGGACACGACCGCUUGUUUCUGCUGUAUUGCGGAGGACAGAAUUUGCGAUGGCGGGUGGAGGAAGGUGGUUGAUUGA